CGCAGGAGGAGCAGCGUCGGCGGCAUUUCUAAAAGCAGGACACAGCCCCAGCCCCACGGAGCCCCAAGGCUGCAUGCGGACACAAGCGGGGGCUUUGCCCGUGCCUUCAGCUGCCGGAGCGGCUUUGCCAUCGCUGCCGCAGCACUCCGGGCGCGCACCAGGAGAGGGUGCCAAGCCCCCGGCUUGAGCUGCCGGGAUCCGCACGGGCUUCCCAGGACUCGGAGCCCUCUCCAAGCGCUGCCCUCUAAACAUCAACCAACGCGUCCCGGGUCUAAAGGAAAACCUCGGGUUUUAACCAAAAGCUGCCCAAAUGUCUUUACCUGUUUCAGCGCUAUCGGCAGCAAGUGCCCGAAACCCGCCCGAGGACAUUAGCGCAGGAUAAAGACAUUUUUUGCUACAUUUAAAAAAGAAUCUGGUUCUUUAUGCGGCUGAUGGACGUGGGACCGCUCGGGGGAACAGCUGAGCUCCUGGAGACCGAGAAAACCCGUCAGAUCUGCGAGGCACAAACAUAACACAUCAAUCCGUGCUGCACAGGCACCGUGAGGUUUAGCAGGAAUAAAACCUGAUCCAUGAAGUUUUUGGAAUGACUGUUAUAAAAAUCCAUCUGCACUGGGAGGCGCAGCUUUUACACCUCAAGUAAGCGCAGGCUCCCGGGCAGCCGCUGUGCCUCCAGCACCUUGGAGAAACCUGCGGGAUCGGAGGACAGCACAGCCCGAGCCGGCAGACCCCGAGUCCGAGCCCUCCCUGCCACGGAGGGUUUAAAUCCCCCGCGCGGUGCCACCGCGGAAUUCCCGCAUCCGCGUUCCCCACGCGUGUCCCCGUCCGGGAGAGCUGCAAGAGCGGAGCCGCAGCAUCUGCGGGCCCGGAGGGAGGGUUAAAAACACCGCCGGUAAUUAACCGCAGCAACACCCCGACCCUUUCGGGGCCGCUGCGCAGCCUGCGGCGGGCGGGGAAUCGGCGUGCACCCCCCGAAAGCGUGCGCGCAGGUGACCCCGCUCCCCCCGCCCCGCAUCCCCCCGCCCUCCGCGGGUGUCGCAACCGCGCCCGUCCUCAGCCGCGCCCCGCGGGGGGGGCGGCGCAGGCAGCGCGCAGGGAACGCGCAGGGAGCGCGCAGGGAGCGCGCAGGGCGCGGGCAGCGCUGCCGGCCCCGCGCCCGGCCCCGCCGGCCGCCCCGCGCCGCCGAUGCUGUCGGUGCCGGUGCCGGUGGCGGGCGCGGGGGCGGCGCGGGGCGCGGGCUCCCUGCCCCGCCGGCGCACCAUGUGCAGCGGCGUCGGCUGCUUCUGGGCGCUGCUCUCCGCCGGCCUCCUGGCCGCCUGCGCCGCCGCCUUCCUCUCGCCGGCCUGGCUGCUGCCGCCCGGCCGCGCCGCCGCCGGCUUCGGCUUGCUCUGGCGCUGCGCCGGGCCGCCCCGCGGCUGCCACGGCUCCGCCGGCCCCGGCGGCUUCGGAGACAUCCCCUCCGGUUCCUGGCAGACGAGCGCUGUGCUGUGUGCGGGCGGCUGUGCCCUGCUGGCCCUCAGCUCCCUGCUGGCCAUCGUCGCUGUGGUGCUGCCCGGCGGAGCCUGCGAGCGCCGAGUCUGCACCCUGGCUGGCUACAUGCAGACAGCAGCAGUGUUCAUAAUGGCUUCUGGGCUUUUGGUUUACCCUUUUGGUUUCAACUCUGCUACUGUGAAGAGAUUCUGUGAGAACUCAGACAUCUACUAUGCAGGAGACUGCCAGAUUGGAUGGGGGUACAUGCUGGCAAUUGUUGGGGUCAUGUUGUCUGUCUUUUUACCAUUCUUUGCAAAAUAUGCACCAAAAGAGCACAUAUCUCCAACUCCAAUACCUACUAUUUUAUAGUAUUUUAUUACUGUUUAAGAACAGAACAUUCCUGUCUACACUAAUGGGCAGAAAUUAUGAAAGCACUUCCAGCUGGCUGUGUUGCUAAAGAGAGGAGAGGAGAUGGGGAAGAGAAGGUCAGAUUGACAAAGACCAAAAGUGCAUUGAAAGUCUUCCGUAAGCACGAGCAGCGAACGCUCUGGAAUUGAAAUAGGAUUAAUCAGCAGCCUUUACACUGCUCUAAACAGAUCAUGGCAUUCUGCCUUAGACAAAAAAAGAAUCAGUUUAUCCUCAAAACAUCUGUCUACCUCCCAGUUUCUUUUGCGUCUCAAAAUUGUGAGUUUUAAAAGCUUCAAUUCACUUUUGAUAUAUUGUGAAAUGUCAGAACUUUUAUGAACCCAGUAACUUUAAAAUCAAUAACGAUAUUUUGUUACAAUUAUUUUGAUUAGUGAAAAAGCACCUACUAGUAGCCACAGCCUAAAAUUAAGAUUGCUAGCUAAAAAGAAUUGUAUACAAGAAAAGUUUCUUUUUAAUCUAUAUAUAUUAGCAGCAUCUGCAUAUUGUAAGUUCUGGGCACAGCUUUUACUUCUGCUCUAAUUGCCAAGAUUUAGAGAUAUCUUCAUGAAGUCUGGGGUAAAAUUGAAAUUGCUUUUUUUUUUUUCUGAGAGCUCCAACUACUUCCAAAGGCUUCAUGAUGAUUUAAUACUUUAACAGGAAAAAAAAUUCCUAAGAAUUUGUUCUCAGUAUUUCCUAAAUUAUUAUUCUAAGUGAACUUUAAUAAAAUGUUUUGAACUAUGACAGCUGUAGAUUUUGGGUUUUGCUGUUUAAGGCUGAAAAGAAAAAAAAAAAUCUCUGUUUACAAAUGUCUGUGCCCAAUGGUCCUUAUCAGUAGUGAUAAUACAAGCCAGAAUGAACUGAUCCCAGUAUUUCCACUGCAAUUCAGAGUCCAGACUGUGGAACAAAAAAGUGAAGUGAAAAGCUAUUGACCAGCAAAAAUCUGAUGCUGUGUCAGAAGUACAAAUGGCCAUAUUUCAUUAGUCUGUAUGGAAUUUUGUGAGGUCUGAUUUCCACAAUGGCGCUGCAUUCAUUAUUAUCAAGCAUUGAAAUAAGUGCACUUGAUUGCCUUAAGCAAAAGAAGCAUUGGGUUCUAAUCUCACCCCACUGUUGUGUUUUUUCAUUUAAAAUAAAAAUUUAAUUCUAAUUCUAUUCUCAUCUUUUAUUUUCUAUUAUUUAUUAAAAAGAAAAAUCACAUAGAUUAUAUUUAAUUCAGAGGUGUACUUCUUAGUUUUGUAUUUUGGCACAAACCAGGUGAUCAAAUUUAUUAUUCUUCACUUAGCUGAGUCCAACUGAUUCCUGAAUUUUUAUUUUUUUUAAUGGAAGGUGUACAUGAAGGGACAGACAGAGACAUGUUGAGGAUGUAUAAGAAAAUGCAAACAGAACAAUCACUGUGUUAUUUUAAUAUACAUCAAAGACUUCUGCAGUCUUGUUUACAUUCCUCACCCUUCUAAACUUCAAUGGAACAUUGCAUUGUUUUCCAAAAGAAUUGUCCUGUUGUUACAUUUCCACGCACUCUAAAAGCAGUUUCUGCACAUAAACUUAGUAAGUUCUUUGAAAAUGCAGAUUGCAAUGCAGAAUUAAGUACACUGAGAAAGAGGGCAUGAGUGUUCUGCCCUUUUGCUCACAGGGACUGAGAAAUUAAAUCUUCCACAUAUUUAACAAAACAGGCUGAAGGAAUGCCCUAAAGUAAGAAGAAUAAAUUUCAGUCACUUCUGUAUAUUAAUGUGCUUUUCAGUGAUGUCUUACACUCUUUUUAAUGAAUGGCUGAGAUUGAGAAUUUUCAUGUAAGAGUCAGAAAAGUGAGGAAUAACAAACAACAUGCAAAAAGAAAAUAAUCACCACAAAGCAGAGAGACAGAGAUGCAGGCUUUUCUUUCCUAACCAACCUGUGCCUUUACACUAGAACCAUUAUACAAGACAGGAUCAAUAUGGUCAAGAAAAAAAAUCACCCAACAACUGAAAAAUGUUGAGUAGUGUGUAUAAACUGUAAUGAGUAGGGUUUUUUCUGUUUUGUGUAAUGUUUACGACUGUUCACUUAAUGUUUCACUAGAAAAAGUGAUUUGUUAGUGUCAAAUAGAAACUUCUUUUGCAAAGAUCUAAACACUUCCUGAAAAGAAAAAUUAAUCUAGAUUUUUAUUAACAGCCAUAACGAACCUAGUAGACAAAGGACCUAUUCCUGUCAUUACUUAUUAACAUAAGUUUCACAUGUGCAAAACUGGAAGCAUCAAUCACUUAACUGGAAGCAGUUUGAAAUUACUGUUACAGCAGAGUCUCACAGGUCACAACACUGCUGUACCAAAUCCUUUUCUUCCUAAAGCUCAACUUCUCUUGUGCAAAUCAUCAGCAUCUACAUCCUGCAAAAUUCUGCACCUUUUAUGAGUCAAGCUAACGCUUCCAUUAGGAGCUUCCUUAAACAUUUUGUAACAUUUUUAUAAUAUUUAAAUAAUUCAAACACACGUACAUGCCCUCUGCAACUGGAUUGGCAAAACCUUCCUUGAAGCAUCCAUGCUCUGAGCCCGCCUCACCCUGAAGUGUGGUGGGAAUUCCAGUGAUCCUUGCAGUAGUUGAUAAAGCACAUCCUUCAGGUCUCACCUGUUGCUGACAAUGCCUGUGCUCACACUGACAGAUCACUUUUGAAAAUAGAGACUGUCUGCGCGUUAAACUGUGUAAAAGCGUUUUCCUGUUACAAUUUGCUGGACCAGGUUCAAGUUUUAUUCUAAAUAUAUAAUUUUUUAAGUGUAACUAAAAGCUGUAUUUUCCAUUAAUGUGUUUCUGCGUUGACUAGCUGGCUCCUUUUUAGAAUAUUAACUGUUUUCUGUAUUUGACUUGUUGGAUACAAUAUUUCAAUUAUUUUAAAUGUGAAAUUUCCAAUUGCCAACACUGUAUAAUAAAAUAAUAAAAAAAUCCCCA